AUGAUGCAGGUUCACAUUGUGUACCUGGGCCAACGUCCUCAAGGGGAUUUCUCGGCUGCAUCACACCACCUUGGUAUAUUGCAGCAAGUCCUAAGUGGCAGCUCAGCAACAAAAUCAUUAGUUUAUAGCUAUGGAAGAAGUUUCAAUGGAUUUGCAGCCAGGCUAACCCAACAUGAGAGUGAGAAGUUGUCAGGUUUGGAUGGCGUGGUAUCCGUUUUUCCUAGCAAGAACAAGCAGCUCCACACUACAAGAUCAUGGGAUUUCAUGGGCUUUUCUGAUUCCGCUAACAGAAACCUGUCGAUUGAAAACAAUGUCGUAAUAGGGGUGAUUGAUACAGGCAUCUGGCCUGAAUCAAAGAGCUUCAGUGAUGAAGGGUUUGGCCCGCCUCCAAUAAAGUGGAAGGGCAUUUGCCAAUCUUCUGCAAAUUUCACUUGCAACAAGAAAAUCAUCGGAGCUCGUUUCUACAAAUCUGAUGGAGAAAUCGACCCGGAAUUUGAGGACCCAUCGCCUCGUGACACCCAGGGCCAUGGCAGUCACACUGCCUCCACAUCCGCCGGCCGUGCCGUAGCGAAUAUCAGUUUAUUUGGCCUCGCUACUGGCACAGCCCGGGGCGCGGUGCCCUCGGCUCGAAUUGCUGUCUACAAAGUAUGUUGGAGUAAAGGUUGCUCAGAUGCUGAUAUCCUCGCAGCAUUUGAUGAUGCCAUAGCGGAUGGUGUGGAUGUCAUCUCCUUAUCGGUCGGAUCACUCACAGUGUCUGAUUAUUUCGAAGACAGUAUCGCCAUAGGGUCCUUUCAUGCUAUGAGGAGCGGGGUUUUGACGUCGAAUUCAGCUGGCAAUAGUGGGCCCUUUCCAAGAUCAGUGAGUAAUGUGGCUCCAUGGACUUUGACCGUGGCUGCGACCACCAUGGAUAGGAAGAUUAUAAGCAAGGUGGUGCUAGAAGAUAAUGAAACCAUUGUGGGGAGUUCCAUAAACACUUUCAAGCUUGAUGGUGAUUCCAUCCCUCUUAUAUACGGAGGGGAUGCCCCAAAUAUUGCAGCAGGCUUCACUUCCGAUGAUUCAUCGUUCUGUAGACCGAAUUCUUUGGACAGCACAUUAGUGAAGGGAAAGAUUGUAUUCUGUGAUGGGAUAAACAAUGGGGAAGGAGCAUUAGAUGCUAAUGCUUUGGGUAUGAUCAUGAGAUUUGUUGCAUUUGACGAUUUCGCCUUUUCUUAUCCAUUGCCAGCAACCCUUCUGGACAUGAUAGAAGGUGGGAAGGUUCUCUCAUUCAUGAACUCGUCCAGCAAGCCAAGAGCCAACAUAUUGAGCAGUGAGGCCGUAAAGGACCUGAAUGCUCCCGAAGUGGUGUCCUUCUCUUCGAGAGGACCAAACCCUAUUACACCAGAGAUUCUCAAGCCUGACAUAAGCGCUCCAGGGGCUGACAUUUUAGCUGCAUGGUCACCUGUUGCUCCCAUGUCACUAUUUGAAGGGGACAAAAGGUCAGUGGACUACAACAUAAUCUCCGGUACCUCCAUGUCGUGUCCUCAUGCAAGUGGUGCAGCUGCCUAUGUCAAAUCUUUCCACCCAACAUGGUCUCCUGCUGCCAUCAAGUCUGCUCUCAUGACCACAGCUACUUCAGUGGGUCCCUUGGGUUAUGGCAAUGAUGACGUGCUCUCCUCUGGUUCAGGCCAUAUUAAUCCAAUGAAAGCAGUUGAUCCUGGCCUAGUAUACGAUGCAAAUGAAGUGGAUUACAUUACAAUGAUGUGUAAUCUGGGUUAUGAUACAGAGAAACUUAGGCUUGUGACUGGAGAUAAUAGUAGUUGCUCAAAUGUCGCUAAUGGUACCGUUUUGGAUCUAAACUAUCCUUCCUUUGCACUCCAUGUCAGUAGUGGGACACCGUUCUUUGCCAAUUUCUCAAGAACAGUUACAAAUGUCGGUGUGCCAACAUCAGUGUAUUAUGUGUCUGUGAAUUCCACGACAGCACUUGAGGUCUCUGUUGAACCAACACAAUUAUCAUUUGAAAAGAUUGGCGAGAAGAAAACAUUCAUUGUGAAAGUUGAAGGAUCAUUGUCAUGGCCAUUCCAAGUUUCAACUUCACUAGUUUGGAGUGAUGGUGUUCACAUUGUGAGAAGUCCUAUAGUUGUCUAUCUUCUCUAG